UUUAAUUUAAGUUAAAAGUUGAGGUUAGUGUAAUAUAUGAGUGCCGUGUAUUGUAUGCUCUCUUCUCCUUCUUAGUCGUGACACACUGAUAUAUUCCAAGACUCCCAAUUCUUCACCGAUUCAAUUCAACCAUGGAACUUGAUCCUCGCAACUACGAUAACAUUUCUAUAAAUGAAAAAGAUGUCCCCAACAUUGUUCUCUCAUACCUUAUACAUAACUGCUACGAAGAAUCCGCCGAGUCGUUCAUUGCCGGCGCUGGGACAAUGCCGCCUACAGAUUGUUUGGAUAACAUGGAGAAAAGAAAAAAAAUCAUUCACUAUGCAAUGGAGGGAAAUGCACUUAAGGCUAUUGAGCUAACUGAGCAGCUGACACCGGAAAUUCUGGAGAAGAAUAAGGACUUGCUAUUUGACCUUUUAAGCCUUCAUUUUGUAGAGCUUGUUCGCUCUAGGAAAUGCACAGAAGCUUUGGAGUUUGCUCAGACCAAGUUGAGCCCUUUUGGAAAGGAGGCAAAAUAUAUGGAAAAACUUGAAGAUUUUAUGGCCCUUCUUGCUUAUAAGGAGCCAGAGAAUUCUCCAAUGUUUCAUUUACUUAGCUUGGAUUAUCGUCAAGAGUUUGCAGAUAAUUUGAACCGAACUAUCCUUGCAUACUUUAACCUUCCCAGCUACACAGCAAUGGAGAGGCUUGUACAGCAGGCGACAGUAGUUAGACAGUGCUUAAAUGAGGAAUCUGGAAAGGACGGGCCUCGACCGUUUUCUUUGAAAGAAUUUCUUAAAAGGCGAUGAGAAAGCAAUUGCAUAUCUGCCAGAAAUUGUGGAGUGAAGCACAAUUACCUUAUGCACAUUUAUCUGAUACCUCUGUUGUCAAUUGUUGGAUUGGUGUAUGAUUGAUCAUAGGUGUAAUGUUGUCUGAAUGCUAUACUUGUAUAAAUUUUUUCGUAUCAGGCUAUCUAGAUCUUUCCAGUCUCACUGCAAUAGUACAAGUUACAAGUGUUGAUGAAUAUGGGAAAAUACAAUCGGUAUGCAUCUUUUGGCUGCAUGUUUUUGAUGUAAGAGGAAGAGUAUGACAAGUUUAGGGUCAGUGGUUCAGUCUCUUCAAUAUUUUUCAAGCAAUCUGUAAAAGUAUAUGCGCUUGGGGUAUAGCCUGAAACAUUUUUUUUGUGUGGACCAAUGUUAUGUCCAAAGUUCAAAUUUUCAAAUAUUUUGUUGGUUAUUGUAA